AUGAAGGGCGCUUGCGCCGCCCCGCCUCGCGAGGUGUGCGCGACCUCGCCCUCAGCCCGCAGGCGGCGGCGGGCUGCGAUUGCCGCGGUCCGACAUGCGCAGCGGGCGGCCUGCGCGCUCACCGCAACGCUCGGGACGUUGCCUUGCGUGCGGACGGUGCAGCCGCCCAUCGAGCGCAUCGCCCACCUGUCGGCGGCGGAUGGCGCGCAGUUGGCUGGCCGGGACAUCUUGGACUGCUCUGGCGACGCGUCCGUGUCUCUGCUGCUCGUCCUGGUGCUUCGUUUCGUCGUGUUCCUGGGCCUUGCGAUCCUUGCAGUCGCACCGGUGUCUUUCUUCGCCCUGUACCUGGACCACGCGGGCGCGUGUUCAAGGGCCUUUCUGCUGCUGGUCCAAACGCUCAUCCUUGCCGCGCUGCUCGGGGCCUCCGUGGUGAUGCGGACGCCGUCUCGCCACGUGGUGGAGCUGGUCCUGCGUAUCGGAGGCUUCGCGGUCCGUGUCGCGGGGGUGAUGAAACGCUUCCUCGCCCUGUGCCUGGGCCUCGUUGGCGCGUGUUCAAGGGCGUUCUUGCAGCUGGUGCGGCUCCUCGACCAGGUCGUGGCGAUCUUCCUGGUCCUGCUGGCGUUCAAGGGUGACUGGCAGAUCUUCCUGGAGGCGCGGUUCUUCGGCCAUUUUGUGGCGAACUACCUGGUCCUUCGGAUCUUCCUGGUCUUCCUGGUCGUGAGGCGCUUCCCGUUCCUGCGGAUCUUUUCGGAGGCCCUGCUACUCUUCCUGGUUGUGCGGAUCUUCGACCGGUUCGUGGCGAUCUUCCUGGUCCUGCGUUGCUUUCUUGUGGUUCGGAUCAUCUUGACGUUCAUGGGUGUGCUGAUAUCCUUCCUUGUCCUGCGGAUCUUCGUGGUCGUGCUGAUCCUUUCGGAGGCCCGGCGGGUCUUCUUGGAGGUGCGGUUCUCCGACCCCUUCGUGGCGAUCUACCUGGUUGUGUGGAUCUUCAUGGCGGCGUGGGCGGCGGCUGCGAACGAGCUCAUCGGGAUCUUUGCACACUCUUCUGAUGAGGGCGGGAUGGCCAUAGUCUCUGAUAUGCUGCUGGCAGAUAUAGCCUAG